AUGAAUCCCCACCAACAGAACAAGAUCGAUAUCAACGCCAUGACCCCAGAGGAACAGAAACUCUUCCGUCUGUACGGCAAGAUGCCCAACAAGAAGGAUCUCCUGCAGAACAAGCUCAAGGAACGCAAAUAUUUUGACUCAGGCGACUACGCCCUCAGCAAGGCUGGCAAAGCUUCAGAUGUCGGCGUAACCAACAUCGGCUCCCAACACCCCGUCCCCGAGAAUAUCCCACACUUAACCGCUACCUCCCCCGGUGCCAAUAACCCUGCUACUGCGACUGGCAAUGGUAGUAUCAGUGCUCAAGGAGGCCAGCAGAUCCCUGGUAGCAUUAGCGGUCACCCGGGCUCGGUCGGGUUUCAGAGCCGCAGUCCCAUUAAGGAGGGCAGCUUUCUGAACCGGGGUACUAGCAUCAGCGAGGGCUCAGCUGGUCCUGAUCUGCAGGAUAAGGAGCCUAGAGAACCCAGUGUGAGCCCCCCGCCUGCUCGAGAGGGUGUACCUAUUCGCCGGUGA